AAUGAGCAGUUAGCAAACAGCUGCACUGGUCGCACCACACUGCCACACAGGUUAGUGAGACAGACUGAGCUCCAUCAGCAACACAAGCCCCCAUGGACCGACUGCUGUGUGACUGUGUGAUAGCUCUGGCUGUACUGCUGUGUGUGGCUACACAGGUGUUGUGCCAGGUGUGUGACAGGCCCUGCCUUUGCCCUGGACCUGCCCCCCGGUGCCCCUCAGGAGUCCCACUGGUGCUGGAUGGCUGCCGGUGCUGCCAGGUGUGUGCUCGGCAGCAAGGCGAGCCCUGCACAGAGAUGUUUCCCUGCGACAGCCAGAGAGGACUGCAGUGCGACUACAGCGCCAGCUUCCCCGGAGACCCUGGGGAGUGUGUCAGUCAGGAGGAUCUGGGAUGUGAAGUCAACGGCAUCACUUACCAUGAGGGCCAGUCGUUUCAGCCCUCCUGUGACACUUACUGCCACUGCAGAGGUGGAGGGGUGAGCUGUGUGCCAGCUUGCCCUCUGAAUGCCCGUCUUCCCACUCCAGACUGUCCCAACCCACAACACAUCCGGCUACCAGGGAAAUGCUGCAAGGAAUGGGUGUGUGAAAACCUCGAGAACACAGUCAUUCAGGAUGUCAUCACAGCCAUGAGACCCACCAGGUUGUGGCCAGCUCUCCCAAGGGAUCAUCCUCUCAACAAACUAGUCCCACCUGCGUCCACCUGUAUAGAGCAGAGCACCCAGUGGAGUGCCUGUUCCCAGAGCUGUGGGGCAGGGGUCUCCACACGGGUUUCUAACCAGAACCCAGCCUGCAAGCUGCAAAUGGAAACUCGGCUUUGUAAAGUGCGGCCUUGCCAUACAGUUCAGCCUGCGUCAAGGAAACCCAUGUGGGGAAGGCAGAGGCGGUGCAAGGCCAGCUACACAUCACCGGGGCCCAUUCGGCUCGUUCACCAGGGCUGCUACAGCACUCAUGCCUACCAGCUCCGAUACUGUGGACUGUGCACAGACUCUCGCUGCUGCACACCUUAUCAAACCACCACUGCUGAGGUGACCUUCCGCUGCCCCACCGGCAGACUGCUACAGCGAGCUGUGAUGAUGAUCCACUCAUGUGUUUGUCAUAACAACUGCCCCUACUCACCUUACAGUAACCCUGCUCUGUGGGGAUACAGGCCCUGAUACAGGCCCUGAUUGGCCCGUAUGAGCACUGAUUCAUUCAGAAGACUUCACUGACUGAUUCGAGGGCCGGACAGUGAGAAAAACAUUAUAUACCACCAGGCGUCCUCCAUUCAAUGGACCUUGAAAGAGAAAAUUAGAACUGUAGAUAAAAACUGUGAUUGAGUUGUGAUGAACGUUGACCUUCACACAUGUACAAUCUGCACUUCUUCACAACUCCUUUAUACUCCUACACCUUGGGAAGCCAUUAUACUGGUGGUUUUGACCUUAUCGAUGAAUCAAAAUGAUUUGGCAUCUAGAGAAAGCAUGCAAGCAAACUUAAUUACUGUAUAUAGCAGUUUUUAACACAGAUGCUACAAAGUGCUUUAUGGGAAGAAGACAGGGGAAAGAGGGACAUAUAAGAGACAGAGAAAAUAUAUAAAACAAGGGGAAAUAAGUGUAUAACCCACAAAGUAAAAGUUAUAGAACUAAGAAAACAAGUGGGCUGUAAAGAUUCUUGCAUUUUUUGAACUCGGCAGCUCACACCAAAACAAUCUAGAUGGAUAAAUAGCACUACAGGUAAGAGGGAAAAUAUGUAUUUUUGAUUUUGGGGUGAACUGUCCCUUUACAAAAGAUGCACUGAUUUGUCUUUUCUGAGACUUUUCCUCUUAGAGGUCAGAGGUCACAACAACUCCUUUAAGUACAGAGGUGUCAUGUAAUGCCUUGUCUGAAGAGAAACUAAAAAUGGUGAGGCUGCUGAACAAGCAUAGUAGUCAAGGCGUGCUGCAAUAAAAGCAUGUUCGACUUUUUCCAAAUAUUUGGGCUGAAGUUGGGCAAGCUGAUUCUUGCAAUAUUCCUUAUUUGGAAAAAGCAGGACUGAACUGGUCUUAUGGAUCUCAAAAUGUAGGUUGGGAUCAGAAGUAAUCCCUAGAUUUUUUUUUACACUGGGUUAAAAAUUGUCCCAAUUAAAUUUGAGUAAUUUUGCAUAACCGUAUCUGGGUCAAGAAAAAUAAUUUCUUGUAAUUCAAACAUUUUUUCUAACCUAAACUAUGAAUUGAGGACAAUUAGCCAUGAUGUUAAUUUGGUCAUAACGAUAGUUUUAAAGACAGAUUUUCACUGCUAACCACCCAACCAUAUGUCUUUAAGAGCAAAUUUCAAUGGUUUAAAAAUAUGUUUGUUUGAUUUAUGCCACAGAAUGACCCCAACCUUUGUGUUGACAGAUAUUGUUUCCUGACGUGAGCAAUGCAACUUUUAACUUGUACAGUUUUGUUUGUGUGUUUGUAGUCAGAUGACAUUGCACUUAUUUCUUCAUUUUCUGUUUUGUUGUAAAUAAUCCUGGACAGGUGUCUCUUAUAUAUAGUGUUUUUUUUUUUCAAUAUCCUGCAUUUUUACUCUCAA